AAUACUCUUUUCUUUGUGAGUGAAAAUUUUCAUUGCUUUCGAGCUCGAGUUCAACAGACAUGGCCUCAGAGCUAGGGUUAGCGCCGCCGGCGAAACGCCCGACACCGUCUCCCACCACAAUUACCGCCAUCGGAGACGACCUCCUCCACGAGAUCUUCCUCCUCCUUCCUUCCCUCCCGAGCCUCGUCCGCGCCGCCCUCGCCUGCCGCACCUUCCUCCACGCCGUCCGUUCGUCCCCCGCCUUCCGCCGCCGCUUCCGCGCGCUCCACCCGCCCCAGCUCCUGGGCUUCUUCAUCGAAUCCUGCCGUAGCCACCCCUUCGUCCCGUUUCGCAGCCGCUCCGACCCGGACCUCGCCGCCGCCGUCCGCGGCGCCGAUUUCCUCCUCACCCGCCUCCCGGAGGACAGCGAUUCCUCCCCCGGGUGGCACAUAGAGACCUGCCAUGGCGGCUACGUCGUCCAUCUCAACAGGGCCACAGACCAAGUAGCUGCUUACAACCCCCUCACGCAGGCACUGCAUCUCUUCCCCCCGCCGACCACCGACGAGACCCUCGUCAACGGCUUGCCUGAGUUCAUUUUCUUAUCCGAAGAGGACCAGGAGACCCGUAUGAUCUCUGUCCAACACCGGAACAAGCCGCGGCAAGUGCCGGCGCGUCUCACUGUUUUCUCACCGGCCACCAGGGAGUGGCAGAUCUUGCCGUGGGUGGAGACACCCCAGCCACCUCAACCUGAGGAUGAUGGAGACAAUUUUUUCACGUUUGACCGUUACACACAGGUGAAAGGAUUUGUUUAUUGGAAACACACGAGUAAAGCUUAUGUGCUCGUUCUCAACACUGCAACAAUGCAAUUCUCUAGAGUGGAUUUGCCGCCAUUCUCCGGAGAGAUGAACCCUGUGCUAUUUAGUUUGGGUCAUAGCAAGGAUGGAAAGCUCUGCCUGGCUGUGGCAAAGACAGAAACAGAAACGCUUAUUGUUUGGCUUUGGAGAACUGGUGAAGAUGGUGUUGAGAAAUGGAUGCAGGAAGGUACUUUUCCGCUGAGUACAUUUGUUGAUGCCACUAAGAUUUCAGCAGAGGGUUAUGCCACAGUGCAGGUUGAGGCGGUUAUCGAGGGCUUUGUGUACAUGUCUACUAAGUAUGAUGCGCGCACCGAGUCCCUCCAAUCCCUCUGCCUGGAAACAGCAAAGCUGAACAAGCUUUUUGAUAAUAAGUAUACAAGCUCUGCUCAUCCUUACAUCAUGGCGUGGCCUCCUUCUUUGGUAGGCAACAAGGAAGAUUUAGAAACAAAAGUUACUGGAGACAGUGUGUGGACUGAUGGUCCUGUGGGCACAGAAGAAGCUCCCUCUGUUCUUGUCACAGCAUUGCGAUCAUAUAAAGAAGCUCUUGUUAAUAAUGAUGGGGCAAAAGUUGCAGAGAUAGAGGCAUUUAUACUUUCUAUCGAGGAUGAGAAGAAGUCUCUAGAAGCACAGUUGACAACUGCGAGAGAUUGUAUCUUGAGGAUAAGUGCCAACAUUGAUGACUACAGGGGAAGGCCAGAAAGAGAGGUGAUGACAAGUUGUGCCCACUUUGCCAGUUGAACAAGUCCAUUGGGAGUGAUCAUGGUGUAUUUCUUCUGAUGAGACGAGCUUUUGUUUAUAUAUGCUGGCGCUUCAGUUUUUGGG